AUUCUUCAUCCCAACCAGCCAAUCCUUCGUUUCCUCACACCACGUGGAGCACAUAACGUCCCACUCUUUGCACCUCGUGAGUCAUAUGACGCGAUUUAUCUACUUCUACUUCGCCUCAGAGCUUACACGCUUUUUCCUGUCCAGCCCGUUUUUUAUGCUCGACAGUCUAGAGAGUUCCGCGAAGACCGUUGCAAAUACUCCGCGUCUAAAAUACCGAUGGUCCUACACGUCUGGCCACUAGCGCUAGUUUUGUCCCGAACCGCGUUCUGAAUGUUCCGUGUCACGACGCAAUGACGGUAUCUCCCUGUUCGCUACGAAAUUCCAAAGGAUUUCUUUCUUUACGUCGAAUAACUACCCGGCGACAAUGGCUGGGACGAGUAAUCGCGAAAGUAGCAGCGAUGUCAUUACCAGUAUUCGUACUUCUGCCGCCAGUUGUAGCUUCUUACCACGUGACGUAGUAGUCUCAACCAAAAUCUAUGCAGGGUCCAUCGAUGUUAUAUCGAGCUUUGUCGCCGUCUCACCCGAAGUUCGGGACCCGGAAAUCCACACCACCUGGCAACAAAACGCCGCGGAGCGAGCGACGUCGGGAGAUUCCCUAUGUCUUAAGUCUCCUACUAUUACUCCUCAGACGUCUCAACGAGCGCUUACUCUAUCCAAAGUAGACGACGACACGCCGUUUUUUAUAGCAGGAGGAGCCGCCCCAGCCGCCGCCGCAACUGCCGGCGCAAUCGACGCGCGACACUUUCCGGGCGGCCGUCAUCACCACCAUGACGGUGACGGUCGCGACGACCGAGUCGUCGAUGGCGACUGGCCUGCGACGAUGUCAGGCGAUUCGCGGCGGCUCGUGACGUCGCCGAGCCAUCAUUGUCGCAUGCGGUGGUCGCCGAUAAACUCGCCGUUUUACGAUCCGCGUCGGUGUCACGAUCUCACCCAGGGCGACGUCCUCCAGCCAGCGAACUCCCACUCGGCGAACUCCCACUCGGCGAACUCCGACUCGGAGUCCGACUCGGAAUUUCAAGCUGUGUGUCAGGAGAGGUGUUGGCUAGGAUUCAGCGAUUUCCAGUCUCAGGAUAUGCGUAGUAGCUACGGUACUCGAAAACCUAGUAGAAGUAGCACAUGCCAGGAGAAGUUUCGGCUCGGAUUCAGCGAGUUCCAGUCUCAGGAUAUGCGUAGUCGCUUCGGUAGUAUACCUAGUAGUAGUAGCACGAUAGAUGAUUUGCUGGGUCGACAUUUGAAUCGACUCAGAAGAAGUAGCUUACUUAGUGGUAGCGUACUUAGAAGCACAGCCGAUGAUUUGCUGGGUCGACACUGCGGCGCUCUUCGGACCUCAAGGGCUCGGCGCGUUGCAAGCAGCUUCACGAUUUUCCGCGGAAACCGCUGGAAUGCCGCGGCGGCGUCCGUGAUGACGUGGCUACUGGUGCUGACGUGGGCAAUUUUACGGACGACCGCCGCGGGAGCAGAUGUAACAGACACAGUGGGGGAACGAGGGGAUAGCGUGAGCAGUGGCCGACGCCUGUCACUAAGUGGCGGAAAGGUGGCGCUGAGUGGCUUCGUGGAAAGGAGCGGCGGCGACGCGGCACGCUCAAGCAGUCCUCGUGGGGGGAGCUCAAGCUUAGCGGAUGGCGCGCGCGAAGCUCGGCGCGCAGCAACAGUGGAUGCGCGCGAAGCUCGGCGCGCAGCAGUAGAGGAUGCGCCCGGCUCCGACUCCGCGACCGUCGAUCCGCAGGUUGAUCCGCACUUCAGGUUUCACGGAGCCGAGCAUUAUAAACGCCGCCGGGUCGAUUCGCCGUCGUCGCGGUUACCACUGGACGGCGAGAUUUCUUCGCAGCGUUUGAUUCUGGGAGCCGCACCCAUGGCGCCGUCUAAGCAAUUGCCAAGCCUGCCGCGCGAAUCUGCAUCGGUUUCGUCCCAACCUGUUCUUUCAACACCAGCCGCGUCGUCGUCACUAGCCACGUCGGCACCAGUAUCCGCGUCGCAGUCGAUCACGAUUGGCUGCCUCGUGCCCGUGGAUCUCACCCCCGACAGCGUCCACAUGCUUGCCGCCGUGACUAUAGCGGUGGAUGAGAUCAACCUGUCGACGUCUCUGCUGCCCAACCACACGGUGCUGCUCGCGGCCCUCAACUACACCACUCUGCCCGUCGCAGGGCAGCUCGCAGCGCUCCAGCUGGCCUCCAUGGACCCUCUGCCGGUGGCGGUGGUGGGACCGCGCAACUCGGACCAAGCAGCGCUUGUCAGCCCCCUCGCAACAGACGCCCAGAUCCCCUUUGUGUCGCCAUCCGCCACGGACGUGAGGCUGACAGCAGGCAGGGACAGGCCGUACUUCAUGAGGACGAUUCACAACGACGGCAUGGACAUGCGCGCCAUUGCAGAGUUCCUGGCCUUCAACAAAUGGAGCGAGGUGAUUGUCAUUCACAGCGACAACCGCUUCGGCCGCAACGGCAUAGCGUCGCUCAACGGCUACCUCUCCACACAGCAGCAAUGGAAGGUCAGGAUCGCGACACGUGUGCCGAUCAAGACGUCGUGGACGGUGGCGGAGACAGGAGCUGCGCUGGCAGCGGUGGAGCGGCUUGAUCCGGCCGUGUUUGUGGUGCACGCUGCUGCUGCCCUCUGCGCCGUCAUCUUCUCUGCUGCCAAUCAGAUGAGCCUGGUGGGGAAGAACUCAGUGUGGGUUGCGUCUGAGGGGGCGGCUCUCGUCAAUUCCACGAUGCUGCAGAAUGUCGAGGGAAUGGUCAUCACGUCUUCCUACCUCCCUCCUUCGCCUCGCCUCACGGCCUUUCGAGAGAAAUGGGCCAACCUGGACCCCAUCCGCUUCCCCAACGCCAGUAAAGAGGAGGCCAAGUCGUACACCCUGGCAGCGUAUGACGCCACUUACCUCAUCGCCUGGGGCCUGCACUCCCUGCUCUAUGGGAACGACAGCAACACUGGCAGUGGCAGCAGCAACCACAGCAGCAGUGGCAGUAGCGGCAGCCAUUGCAAUGCUAGCCCUUCACUUCCAUCUCUCACACACUCAUCUCACUCACCCCUACUUCUCUCUCCCCCACCUAACCCACCCCCACCACCGCACUCACCCCUACCUCUCUCGCCCGCGUCUCACCCACCCCCACUGCACUCACCCCCUUCUCACCCACCCCCACCGCACUCACCCCCUUCUCACCCACCCCCACCGCACUCACCCCCUUCUCACCCACCCCCACCUGACUUGGCCUCAUCCCUCUGGCCUGGGAAGUUGCGUGCUGCCACUGCCGCUGCUGAAAGUCCCGGUUGCAAUGGCGGCAAUGGUAGCGUUGGGAGUUCGCCUCUCACUCUGCAAACGGACUAUAGAAGCUCAGUCAGGAGGAAGAUUCCUCUGCAGCUUCGUGGGAUAAAACGGAGCUUGGUGGGUCCCAUGCUCCGGCAAGCCAUGCUAUCAGUCACCUUUGAUGGGGUCCGGGGCAGAAUCUCCCUCAGCGCCAGCGGCGACCUGCAGUCCAACGUGACGCGCAUUCUCAAUGUGCGCAACGGCACCGCUGUGGACGCUGGCUUCUGGACGUCAAGCCUGCUCCUCACUCCCUCACUUGAUUUACCCCCCCUUAACGGCACAUCGCGUAUGCUCAACAUCACCUUCCCAGGGAACGCCACAAAGCCCCCCUCAGGCGCCUUUCCUCGUCGCAAGCUGGUUCUCGCCGUCCCCUACAAGAGGGGCUUCCAGCAGUUCAUCAACGUCACUGGCACCCCUGCCUCCACCCCCACCUCCACCUCCUUCUCCUCCUCGCCGAGUGAUCGCGCCGCCCAGAACAGUCGGUUUUCCGGGUUUGUGGUUGAGUUGUUCCGCCUGGCGCUCAGCAAGCUGCCGUACGAAGCGGAGUACGAGCUUGUGGAGUUUGGGUUUGGGGGGGAAGGCGAGGAGCACUUGGGAUACGACGACAUGCUACAGGCGGUGGCAGACAAGAAAUUCGACGGGGCCAUUGGCGAUAUCUCGGUGACCCAAGCGCGGAGCAAGCUGGUAGAUUUCACACAGCCGUUCAUGGCCUCAGCAGUGAGUGUGGUCAGCUACGUGCCGCCCUCCAGCAGCUGGUGGAUGGCAUUCGCGCCUUUCACUCCCGCCAUGUGGGCGGUGUUUCUCGGCAUGACUGUGGCCACGGGGCUCAUCACGGUGUUUCUGGAGUGCCGCCAGAAUCCGGAGUUCCAGGGGAAGCUGCACGAGAUGCUGCAGCACGCCGUGUGGUUUAGCUACCUCUCCGACUUCUCCUUUCUCGAGAAGCCGGUGCGGUCCGUGAUUGCGCGAACAGUUGUUGCGCUCUGGCUGAUGGUGACGCUCGUUAUAGUCACGUCGUACACAGCCAACAUGACGUCUAUAAUCACGGUCAACAUGCUCACCGUGCCGUCUCUGGACGUGAACAGCGUCAUCAACGCCAACAACCCCAUCGGUUACCAGAGUGGUUCCUUUAUCGAGGGCUACCUUCUGCAGCUGGGUGUUCAGAAGCACAACCUGGUACCGCUUACCAGCGCAGAGGAGUACUCGAGUGCGCUGGUAUCUGGGAGGGUGCGGGUGGUGGUGGACGAGGACCCCUACCUGGACCUCCUGCGGGCCAACCACUGCAGCAUGGCGCAAGUCAAGCAGCCCUACUCCUUUCUCAGCAUGGCAUUUGCCUUUCAGAAGGGCUCUCAGCUGCGCACGGACGUGUCAGCUGCCCUGCUACAGCUGGUGAUGGCAGGCGAGCUGGACGAGCUUCAGCAGCAGUACCUGCAGGGAGGCGGGAGGCAGUGCCCCGAUACGCUCAUGCCAGAAGCGCCCACUGUGCUGGCCAACGAGAACUUCUGGGGGCUCUUCGUGGGCUACGCGGUGAUCUCUGUGGCGUGCUGCGUCAUCUAUUUUGCGCUGCUGGUGUUCCGAGGAGCCAUGGUCGCGAGGGAGCUGUCGCGACAGCAAGCCAAGUCAUACAACACCGACAUGACCAAUUUCGUUCCCACAGAACCAGGGGCUCAACCGCCCCCUGCGGCACUGCCUUCCGCCUUCUCCUUUAAGAGCAACUCGCUAGCACUUAUAGAGGAGCACGGGGACUCGGACGCAGACGAGGACGAUGAUGACGAUGAUUUCGAUGAUUUCGAUGAUGGGUUCGGCUUUCCCAAAGUGAAAGGAAGGAAUGCCAAUGAUGACGACGACGGUGGUGCUGCCGACUGCGAUGAUGGGGAGGCUGUGGGAGGUGCAGGGCUCUCAUUGCCAGCGGUGGAGGCGUCCAAGAGGCAUCUAGUGGUGGAAGACACGAAAGCGGAGACCACUGGGGUCUUUGGGGUCAGCUCGCAAGGGCUGGCAAACCAGCGGAAUGGGGCGGGCGGGCAAGGGGGGUGGGAGAAAGAUGCAGGGGACGAGGCGGAGGACGAGGAGGGGGGUGAGGAGAAGGAGAGGAAGGAGCAAGUGGAGAAGGGUUGUUUCCCUCUGCUUCUCCAGAAGCAGCGGUCAUGUGGACAGUGUGUUCCCCUGCGUGCUGCCACACCAUUCCCGGCCUUCUCUCACUCCGGCUCUGGCUCUGAGCUGCCCCACGCCAAGGCGGUCGCCAGGUCAAUUCGAGACCAGGUGGCUUCAAAGUCCUCUCAACGGCUCCCUGUGGCAACAGCAACGGCAGCAGCAACAGUGGCAUCAGCAGGAGAAGCAUCAAAGGAACAAGUAUUGGAACUAUGUGCACCUGUUAGAUCGUUCUCAGAAGCAGCAAUGGCAACGCAGGCAUCACCAUUAGCUCAAGGAUCAGCAUCAAUUCCACCACCGACAUUAACACUACCACAGGGACCAGCACUAGCAGCAGCAGCAUCAACAUCGACACCAGCAUUGCCAUUAACACGAGCAUCGGCAGUAGCAGCAGCAUCACCAUUGACACAAGCAUCAGCUGUAGCAGUGGCGGCUACAGCAGAGCCAGGAGUGGCACAGCAGCAGGCAAGCCGAGCCGGCGGUCCAGUAGUAGCAAGCUUCAGAGCCGCGGCAGCCGCGGCCACCGUGGUGUCCCUGCACAAGAAAACGGACAAGGACAGCCUCCAAGCGGUGGCAGCCACGGCAGCCGCAUCCACUGCGGCUACUGCCGGAAAUACAGCAGCUUCGCCAUUAGCACAAGCAUCAGGUGUAGCAGCAGCAGUUACAGCAGAGCGGGGAGCGGCGCAGCGGCAGGCAAGCAAAGCCGGUGUGUCAGUGGCAGCUAGCUUCAGAGCCGUGGCCUCCGUGGCGUCCCUGCACAAGAGAAUGGACAACCUCGUCGAUCGAUUCAACAAGGGUCAAGAGUGGAGCAAGAUCCGACACUCCCGCUCAACCGGCGCUUCCCUCACCACCACUUCCUCCACCACCUCCCUCCAAGAGAUUGCCUCGGAAGAUCAGCCAACCAGCAGCAGCCAAGUGGCAGCCAGCAGUAGUUUCGGCAGCGCCAGCCCCAGCCCCCACAUGGUUCCCCACACCCCCCACGGGCGACGGCGGGGGAAAAAAAUGAGAGAAAUUCAGUCGUCGGGCAGUCUGGCAUCCAGCUUUGGUAACCCCAGACCUGGAGACAGGCCCGGUACCAGGCCUAUUGGCAGGUCUGGUUCCGUACCUGACAUGGGCCCUCAUGCAGGAUCGGUGCAGGCGUCGUCAUCUUCUGGGCAGCUAAUUGCUGCUUUGAGAUCAAGCAAGCAGGCGCAGAAAGAAGGGCAAGUGGUCAAAGUCAUGGCGUCUCGUCAACUGCCGGCUCCAAGGCCGUUUGGUGGCCGUGAUGACAUCGACAUGGAUGAUGACGAUGAUUAUGACGAUGAUGAGCUGUUUGGUGCUUUCGAGGAUGACGACGAUUCUGGGGAUGACAUGCCCUUGUCGCAGCUUGAGUGAGCGGCUGCUCCUUAGCUGGACAGUUCCGAUGUUCUCCAUAUUUUGGAGCAGAAGGGGACUAAGAGGUGUUGAGUGCAAUUCAGGUGUGGUUUUCUUCCCGUUACGCAUGUGCGAGUGUUGUCCAAACCUAUGAGUCUCCUUCGUUGUCUUCACCACCCUUAAUGAAAGUAGAUGUAGGGUGAAAGCAAUUCUAGUGAUCAAAGUAAAGUGACGGGGUUGUCUUACAGCGCGUCCACCUUCCACCGCUGUGUCUGUUCCAUUCCACGUCAGUCUGCUGCUGGCUCCUCCCUGCCUGCCUGCGUGACAGAUUCGCCCUGUCAAAACUAACGGACAGCUCCUGCCGAGGGCGGGCGAGAUGGGCGGAAACGACAGAUCUGCACCACAAAUCGGAACAUAUCCGACAGAAAUGCACCCAAAUAUUUUCGAUUCCGCAUGUCCUGUCACCUCUUUCGGACGGGCCUUUCGGACAAGCCCCAGAGUAUUCCGGAAGGGGAUGGAGUCGGCUCGGGAAACCCUGCAUAAAGGAAUCAAAGGCGGGUCAUGACCCCCUGCAGAGUGCCCUCCUACAGAUACUACGGAUUAAAAAAUAUUACUUGUU